AUGUCUACUACAAAGCCUACAGAGGAGCAUGUCCCAGCCAUUGCCAUAAAACAGAAUAUACCCAUUCAAUUAACAGAACUGGCAACGUUUGAUGAUACUUAUGCUUUUAUGAAGGAACGAUUCGUGGAAGAAAUGAAGCGCGUGGAUUCCCAAAUGGCUCGGCUUAAUAAGGCGUUGACUAACUUCUACCAUCAAACAGUGACCGUUCAAACUGGUUUGACAUCUAAAAGUGAUGAGAACGAAAGUGAUUGGGACUCAAUAGCCAACUCACCACUAGUUGAAGGCGAAGGAGAAUCAAGGACACUGAAACUACAGUUUGAUCUCAGCCAGUUUGACCCUGAAGAGGUUACUGUCAUAGUAGCCGAUGAUGUACUUACGGUGUCAGCUAAACACGCUGAGAAAGAUGAGAAAUACAACAUUUAUAGGGAAUACAACAGACAGUUUCAGUUACCCGCAGGGACUAACCCUGACAGAGUAAUAUCAUCAAUGUCUCGUGAUGGAAUCCUCACUGUACAUGCUCCGCUACUCAACCCAGUGGAAGCUACUUUAUCUGAACAUCGACCUCAACUACUACGUAUUGAUAAUUAA